AUGGCACAUAAUGAGACUCCAGCAGACGAUUUUGGUAACCUGAAUGUGAGCACCCAGUUCACAGGCUUCAGUUCCACAACCUUACCUCCGCCUCUCAGGAUUUUAAUGGCCAUAAUAAUGCUCGUCAUGAUUGCCAUUGGCUUCUUUGGCAAUGCCAUUGUCUGCCUCAUUGUGUACCAAAAACCAGCCAUGCGUUCAGCCAUCAAUCUGCUUUUAGCUACUUUGGCCUUCUCUGAUAUCAUGCUGUCUUUGUUCUGUAUGCCUUUUGCUGCCGUUACCGUCAUAACAGUGGACUGGAACUUUGGGACUUACUUCUGCCGACUCUCAGCGAUGCUCUACUGGUUCUUUGUUUUGGAAGGGGUCUCUAUACUCUUGAUAAUUAGUGUGGACCGAUUCCUUAUCAUUGUGCAGCGACAAGACAAACUGAACCCUCAUCGUGCCAAAGUCAUGAUUACCGUUUCUUGGGCCUUUUCCUUCUGUAUCUCUUUUCCUUCGUUGGUUGGGUGGACAUUUGUAGAAGUCCCAAGCCGGGCUCCCCAGUGUGUCCUGGGGUACACAGAGUUUCCCGCAGACAGAGCUUAUGCUGUGACGUUAAUUGUGGCCGUUUUCUUCAUCCCUUUCAGCAUCAUGUUGUAUUCUUACCUUUGCAUUCUGAAUACCGUCCGCCGAAAUACUGUCAGGAUCCACAACCACGCUGAGAGCAUGUGCUCGAGUCAGGUGAGAAAACUGGGCCUGAUGGGGCUACAGAGGCCUCACCAGAUGAACGUUGACAUGAGCUUCAAGACCAGGGCCUUCACAACCAUUCUCAUCUUGUUUGUUGGCUUUUCCCUCUGCUGGCUUCCCCACACAGUAUUCAGCUUGAUGUCUGUGUUCAGCAGACAGUUCUAUUAUAGCCCCUCAUUCUACAUCACCAGCAUCUACGUGUUGUGGCUGAGUUACCUCAAAUCGGUGUUCAAUCCUGUCAUCUAUUGUUGGAGAAUCAAGAAGUUCCGUGAGGCCUGUCUGGAGUAUAUGCCGAAAACAUUAAAGCUUUUUCCUAAAGUGCCUGGACGAACAAAAAGGAGAAUAAGGCCAAGCACAAUAUAUGUCUGUAGUGAGUAUCAGUCUACAGUUUAG